AUGGGAGCGAGGGCCACACGGGUAGCCCUGUACGGUAUUAUCAUCGGAUUGGCUAUCUGCAUCAACAUCGCUGCGGGCUUGACUGAAUUUGACCUAGUAACCGACACUGAGAUUUUCACACGUUUCGGCGCUCCCUCGCCUUUUGGUUCUGGAGUGCGCUUCGGAAUCGUUGCAUGUGUAGUAGCAUUCCUGACGUGGGUAUGGACAAGUGUUCUCAUGGCCUGGAACGAUAAGCCAUAUUCCGAAAGUGGCUUGGCACUCUCCUUGACCCACUUUAUUUCAUUCAUAGUGAUGUCUAUUAUCUGGCUUGCCAUUGCGAUCAUGCAUUUUGUUGAAACAACGGUUCCAUGUCAAGCAUCGUCGGCGUUAGACAAUCCAUGGUUUGAUAGCGAUUACCUUGCGUACAUUUUCUCUGCGUGGUGUGCUGAGGCGUCAGUCGUUGGUGCUCUUUCGUUGGCUAUAUCUAUCUUGUCCGGUGCAACUGCCCUUUUCAUCCUUGUCUCUUCCCGCAAAAUUGGAGGACUUCAAACUAAGUUGGUUGCUCAUGAUGGUGAGAUCAAUCUUCGUGAAAUGAAACACGCCACUAGAGUCCGUACCGCGCUUUACUGUCUUGUUCUGGUUUUUGGUCUGGCAAUUAAUGUCAUGACUCCCUUCUCGAUUAUCGUUACGAUCGUUAGCUCAGAGGAAGGCUUUCUGGUUACGAAUGGUGCUGAUACGGCAUUCGCUGCCAUCGCCUUAAUAUGUUCGCUGUUCACCUGGAUAUGGGCUAGUGUUCUGCUUGCAUACCACCGUCGUAUUUCACCGAAGAAUCCUAUGACACGGGCAUCCGCCCACUGCAUCUCAACGAUGGUACUUGGCACUGUUUGGUUCGUGCUCGGAGUAAUCAUACUUGGCUUCGCUGGUUCCAAUUGCACAAUCGAAACGGACUCUGGUUUCCCGGGGUACUGUUAUUUCAUUCUCCCGGUGGGGGUUUUGUCCUUGUGUUUGUCCGUUCUUCUCGAUUCAGUAUCGUUGUUCAUCCGUGUCCAAAUCAGGCGGGGAGGAGGGUCAAUCUAUAAGAGUCAUGUGGCACAGUUCGAUGGAGGGAGACCCGCAUUAGAAGUCCAGCCGCAGGUACCACCGCUGGGCUAUCAUUACGGUCAUCACACUUCAUUUCCUGUCCUCAACCGGUUACCAGCAAACGAAACGGGUGUCGUGCAGGGCGACUACGCGCACAAAAGGCUAGCGCUAGUACUAUCAUGUUAUACAGCAUAA